AUGACGGUCCAGCAGCAUGUUCUCAACUGGCUCUAUAGCGUGUUGACCAGCGAAUACCAAGACGUCAAUCGCUGCUACGACGGCAUCGCUCGCGUGCUCAGCAGCUACCCGACCCUCUCGCCGCGCACCGAUGUAUACACCUCGCCUGAUGGCGCCAGCGCGCUGUUGGUGCACCUCUCCGGCACGCUCCCCGUCAACUUCCGCGGCAACACGUACCGAUUCCCGCUCUCGAUAUGGAUACCUCACAGAUACCCCAGAGAACCCCCGAUAAUAUACGUCACGCCGACCGAGUCCAUGGUCAUACGGCCUGGGCAGCACGUCGACCAGCAAGGCCAAGUCUACCACCCGUACCUUGUUGGCUGGCAGCAGUUUUGGGAUAAAUCGACCCUGCAAGACUUUCUCGCAAUACUUGCCGAUCCACCACCGCGAGAUCUACUGUUGGAUGACCCACUAACGGUCGACAUCCCUCCACCGUCUACGGUCAAGGCGCCACCCAUUCCGCCCAACCCAGAAAAGGACCAGCUGCUACGGCAGCUGGCGCAAACACUCGCCUACAUGCGGCAGCAGAGCCGUCAGCAGAACGACUCGUCCAUGGCUGGUCUGCAGGCACAGCGCGCGGCCAUGGAGCACGCCAUGGCCGGCGUCCAGUCGGAGCUGGGCCAGCUCACGCAGCUGUCGAGCGUGCUCUCGUCCAACACCAACAUCCUGCACGACGCGCUGCGCAAGGCCGACGGGGUCAUCGAGGGCUCGGCCAACCACGCAAGGCCGGACAUUGACGAGCUGCUGGUGGCGCCGACGGUGGUGUCCAACCAGCUGUACAGCCUGGUGGCGGAGGAGCGAGCUCUGGGGGACGCCAUCUUUAUGCUGGGGAGGGCCGUCGAACGGGGAAAGAUCCCGCCGGCGGUGUUUGCCAAGACGACGAGAUCGCUGGCACGCGAGUGGUACCUUAAGAAGGCGCUCGCGCGCAAAAUUGCGCAGGGGAUGGGCAUGGGCCUGGGUCCGGGCGGACAAUACUAA